AUGGACUUUUGGAUUGUUGAAUAUUGGUCAUUAGCAUUUACAGUUAUUGUUUCAUUUUUGGGCGGAUUAACUUAUUUUAUUCAACGACAAUUUUUAACUGAAAAAUCUCAAAUAUUAGAGGUAAUGAAUCAACAAGGACGUCACAGUAGUGUCGGUAGUCGUCGAAAAAAUCCUCGUAAUGCGAAUAAGAGAAAACAACAAGCAACAAAUUCAACUUCGAACAGUAAUGAUAUUAAUGAAGAAGAAGAAGAACAAAAAGAAAAUUCAUCUGAAUUAACUCUAGAAAAUGAUGCACAAGAGCGACAAUCAGUUUUAGAACAGCCUGUACAACAAACUGAAGAAAAACAAGAAAAAGAAAAUAUUCAAAAGAAUAGCCAAAUUGAACAAAAUGUUUCUCCUCCAACACAUGUUGAAGAUGAGCAAGAACCAACUACGCCAGUGAAACAACGUAACAAAAUGAAACCUAUAAAUAAAUCACCAAGUGUAUCUUCAUCGAGACAAGAAGCCUUUGUACCAUCGAAACCGCAGGCAAGUGUAGCACCUGUAAAACAAGCAUAUUUAUCACCACCGAUAAAAAACUCGUCAAAUCAUAUGAAUUCUUCUCGAGAUAUGUAUCCAAAAUCUAAUGGAAAUGUAUCACCAUCACAUAAUAUUUAUACAUAUUCUGCUUAUAAUUCAUUGCCACCAAGAUUUCAACAACAGAUUUUACAGAAAGAAGCCGCAUCUGCUGCAAGAAGAUAUCGUAAAAGACGUGGACCACUACCAUCAAAAAAAUCAUCUCUUCCACCUGGCUCAGCUGCAAGAUCAAACGAAUUCAUACCAUCGUCGUUUCAAGAACAACAAGAACUAGAACACGAGCAACAGCAAAUAGAUGAUAAUCAAAUAGAAUUAUCCAUGUGCAUUCCACAACAGCCAGAAUCUUUGAUGAUCAAUGGUUAUUCGUCAGAAUCUGAUUUUUUAACAGAUUCACCAUCAACUGGACGCACUAAUUCUCUUAGUCCUUUAUUAUCCACAUCAGCCGGCUCACAAUCUUCUCUUCAAAGACUUGAUUUAGUUCGUUCGUUAGCUACAUCACAUGGUCUUCUGGAUGAGUUAAUAUCAAUAUUCGAUACAAUAGCAUUUUCAUCUGAAGAACUUCAAAUAAUUCUAAAUAAAAUUGCUACAAAACAUAUAACAGAUAAACAUGAUUUGCAACGUUUAAUAGCAUCGGCCAAACACGAUAAAACAUUUGAACGUAUUCUUGAUGAUACAUAUCGUAGCCAAGCAAAAAUUCUUGCUAUUGAAUUACAAGCAGAAAAAAGUCGUGUGCUCGAAUUAACUCAAUCAAAUGCUGAUUUGGAAAAUACAAUUCGACAAUUUCAACAACAACAACAUCAACAACCAAAUAAUAUGGCACAAUAUGAACAAAUGAUUUUACCAUAUCAAAUACAGUUUCGAAGGUUAGCAGACGAAAAUGCACAUUUACAACAUCAAUUACAUGCUUAUUCCAUGUUGCCUGCAACAAUCAAUGAACUUAAACAACAGCAACAUAUUCUUAAUGAGCAAUUGAGACAGUUGACAAUUAGAAAUAGUGCUUUAGAAAAUGAAGCUGCUGAGAGUGAACGAGCUAGCAAACGUGCCGCCGAAAUUUACAAAAAGGCCGACACACAAAAACAAGAGCGAAUAGAACAAAUGAUAGCUGAUAUAAAUAAAUAUAAAAAGCUAGAUAAAGAAUUGACAAAUUUUCGUCAAAAAUAUAAUGAAAUUGAUAAAAAUUUAAAUGAGAAAAUUAAUGAAGUAACUCAUCAACGCGAUAAACUACGAGUACAUUGCAAUCACUUAAAGGAACAAGUCGAACAGUAUGAACAGUUACAAAUCAAAUAUGACAAGUUAAUUCAGUCAAAAUCGAAUAAUUCAACAUUUCAAAUUCAACAAGAAAUAAAUAAAUUAAAAGCAAAAAAUGAUGAAUUACGACAACGUAAUUGGAAAACUAUGGAAGAGUUAAAUAAAUCAUUACAUGAACAACAAGAUAAUCAAAAUACAAAAUCAUCAUAG